UGUCACGGGGCAGCAAUUGGUAAGCGUGCUCUUCCACAGUGCAUACCUUAUUUUAUUGGCUCACUCUCGCUUCGUUCUUUCCUUUCCAAAUUUUCAUUCACUCCUUCCCUCCAUCACCUCCCUUCUUCUUCAUCAAAAUGUCAGUUUUGGGACGGAGAGGCAUUCAUUACUUUCAGAAACUAAAUUCUGCAAAUAUUCCAUCCGCAUUGAUUGAGAAGGGUCAGAAUCGUGUUAUUGAAGCAUCUCUAACACUCAUUCGUGAGAGAGCGAAGCUCAAGGGUGAGCUUGUGCGUGCUUUAGGAGGUGCUGUAGCAUCAGCUUCUCUUCUUGGAGUUCCUUUGGGACAUAACUCAUCAUUUCUUCAAGGUCCAGCCUUUGCACCUCCUCGGAUCAGGGAGGCAAUCUGGUGCGGGAGCACAAAUCCAACUACAGAAGAAGGGAAAGAACUUACUGACCCAAGAGUGCUGACUGAUGUUGGCGAUGUCCCUGUCCAAGAGAUCAGGGACUGUGGCGUAGAUGAUGAAAGAUUGAUGAAAGUUGUGAGCGAGUCUGUAAAGCUGGUGAUGGAAGAGGAUCCACUACGCCCAUUGGUUUUAGGAGGCGACCACUCCAUAUCUUACCCUGUUGUCAGAGCAGUCUCUGAGAAGCUUGGGGGUCAAGUUGAUAUUCUUCAUCUAGAUGCCCAUCCUGAUAAUUAUGAUGCUUAUGAAGGAAACUAUUUUUCACACGCUUCUUCUUUUGCACGAAUUAUGGAAGGUGGUUAUGCCAGGCGACUUUUGCAAGUUGGUAUAAGAUCAAUAUCACAAGAAGGACGAGACCAGUGCAAAAGAUUUGGAGUGGAGCUAUAUGAAAUGCGAAACUUUUCAAGAGAUCGUGAAUAUUUGGAAAAUUUGAAAUUGGGAGAGGGCGUAAAAGGUGUUUAUGUUUCAAUAGAUGUUGACUCUUUGGAUCCAGCAUUUGCUCCAGGAGUGUCUCAUAUUGAACCAGGAGGUUUGUCUUUCCGUGAUGUUAUGAACAUUGUCCAGAAUCUCAAAGGGGAUAUUGUGGGUGCAGAUGUUGUCGAGUUCAACCCUCAGCGAGACACUGUCGAUGGGAUGACAGCCAUGGUUGCUGCUAAGUUGGUAAGAGAACUCACAGCUAAGAUAGCAAAGUGAAAAGCAAAGUUUUGUGUAAUUCAUCCAUUAGGAUUCUUGGUACUAUUUCUUGCGCACUAUUAAAGACCUAUUUUUGCAGAGGGAACUCCUAAUAACAAUAGUGUUCACUGAGUGAUGAAAAUUAUAAGGUCUUAUCUAUGUACCCCAAGUAACAUGCUGACCAUUCCUUUAGAGCAUAUCUUCUUUAUAUAGGGAGGGUUUAGCAUUCAUUAGUUGAUGAAAUCAUAGAAGAAGUCGAGAGUAGUAAUUAUAAUUUUGUCAUUUUGAA